CCCUUUGAUGCUUCGUCCGACGUGCUUGAGUGGCCGACAUCACCCUUUUUCGGACCACUUGAAAUAGGCCGUUCAAGGUCCUUUAGAGACAUGACAGCUAUAUCUACUUUCGAGCCAAGAGGCUGUGCCUGACCUGCGUACAACGCGAUCGACCACCACGUUCAAUGUCAAUAGCAGGUCAAAACCUCCCAUCUGCCAUGUGCAUCUUCCGUACACCCCAAGGGUGGUGUGAUGUGUGCCAUGGUGCCGGUAGAGACUCCAGAAAAAAAAACAACCACUAAAGAGUCCCAGUAUAGAGAUACUUCUAGGCUAAACGAUUAGUCUCCGGUCCACCAGGGAGCGGUUGACUGGAUUUACCAAAGCACUAACCUAGCACGGAAACUCGACGAGGUGCAGAUGUCUUGCGAUUCGACCAGAAUAGUCUCUAUUGCAAUUUCGGAAGCGGAUCUUGACUCGAUUAUCGGCAACUAUCACCGUGUCUGCUCGAAAACCCCGCUUAAGACACUGCGGGGUGUGUUCACGUUGUGGGGCUGUCUCCUGGACAAUGACUUCCGAUGACCAGACAGGACCCUCGAAAAUGAGGAACGAUAUAGCUAACCUGAUUCCUGGGGUUUCUCGGUGUUUCUGUUUCUUCUCCAAAGGAACUUACAAUCUCCUAUUCAGUUCAGUCGAUCGAAAACGCCCGUAGCGCUCACAUUUACACACCUGCAAGUCAUGACGAGUUUGAAGAUCCCAGAUUUCGAUGAUCUGCCUCCCGUGCAAGGAAUGCCGCAAGGCUGUGCCUGGGGUAUCUUCGACAAAGACGGCAAAAAGGAUGUUUACGGCACUUUGAACCUCUUGACACCGGAUGUCGUACGAGCUGCCGCUGCAGAAGUUAAGGAUGGCGUUUCAGUGUCAUUGAACUGGCCAAUUGGAGCCAUAGCAAAGCCUGGAUUUUUUCGCAAGGGACUUGUACAUAAGGUUAUUGACUUCAUGGAGUCGCCUAUUCCUUGUCACUGCUUCGACGAUGAGGUCGAGUUUAACACUCAAUGCAGUUCGCAAUGGGAUAGUUUGUGUCACUUUAACCACCAAGCAACCGGCAUGGGAUAUAACGGCGUAAAGGGAAGCAAGGAGAUAUUCACUCAAGCUUUUGGUAACGAAGACAAGGAUCAAACGUUGCCCACAUUGAACCACUGGCACUCUCGUGGUGGGCUUGUGGCUCGUGGUGUUUUCAUUGAUUACAAGGCCUGGGCUGACAAGAAUGGUAUCAAAUUUGAUCCUUUCUCUGCUCAUCGUAUUAAGAUCUCAGAAAUCGAGACCAUUGCCAAAGAGCAGGGCGUUGAGUUUAAGCAAGGUGAUGUGUUCAUCAUCAGAUCCGGUUUCACAGAGGCUCUCGGUGCCAUGAGUGCAGAGCAGCAGAACGAGGCUCUAGGCACUCAUCGGACCUGUGGUGUUGAAGGUACGCCAGAGAGUGCGAAAUGGUUCUGGAACAAACACUUUGCUGCCGUGGCAGGCGACGCGAUCGCAUUUGAGACGAUUCCUCCUGUGAAGGAAGACGGAACCGAAGGCGAUGUCACCGGCCUUGUCUUACAUCAAUACUUUUUGGCUUUGUUCGGCAUGCCGAUUGGUGAGCUGUGGGAUUUGAAGGCCUUGAGCGAGCACUGCAAGAAGACCGGGCGCUAUACAUUCCUGCUGACGAGUAGUCCGUUGAAUGUGCCGGGUAGCAUCGGAAGCCCUCCGAAUGCUCUUGCCAUUUUCUAACGUAGAAGUAACGAAGCUCCCGAGACUGUAGAUUGCGUAUAUAAUUCAAAUCUAUCGUUUCGCAAGAUGAACAUACC